AUGGGUGUCGUCGAUCAAGCUGUCUUGGAUAUGGUUUUCUCGACGCACAAGGAUCUCUGGUCAGACUUUGGCAUCUACGAGGCGAUCUCUAAAAAUCAAGGUGCAGAUGCCGAAGGCUUGGCAGCAAACAGAGUGUUCCUGAAGAAGCUCCUGCACGUGCAGCCGUCGGCAGUGCUGCUGCUGACCCAGGUCCGCCAGUCUGUCCUCCGUGUGGUAGCAGCUGACCCUACGCUCAACAAAACGAACCUGAAGAACCUCGUGUAUGCAUCCUCAAGGUUUGAUCGACUGAGUGCCAUGCUUUACCACUUGCGACGGGCAAAAAGAGAUGAACCGAAGAUGCGGCAAUUGGUGGCCAAGGCCACGGGAGACAGCCUCAAAGCC